CUCUGGCGGUGCGGAGUAGCGCGCGCAUUGGGAGCCGGAGACGCGCGUUGCGCGCGAGACUCUUAGCAUUGGCAGGCUGACGGUGACACGUGCCUCUCUCUCAACACCCCCGAGCUCCCGUGUACCGCAUUGGCAUCAGCGACGGCCACUGAAACGCAGGAGUCGAAGCUGUGCCACGGAUACAGAGAACGGAAACCCCCGCGCAAAACUGCGAACAUUCUCCUUUUACGCACUGGACAUUAAACUUGCUCUCGCCCGGGAAGCGCGCAUAAGAGUUCGGCCAGAAAAAAAGAGAGAGGAGCGGGUGAGCAGGAUGCAGGCGCCAGGCAUCAUUUACGUCUGAAAGUGACAUGAACCACGGAAUUAGCAAAAACACCAGGCGUGAUUUCAGUCAGAACUGGAGAUAACGAAUACGCGUCACUUCGCUUCGUGGAUGCGCAGACAAAGAACUCUGGUCGCACACUAAAUUUCAUACACCUAGAAGAAGAAGAAGAAGAAAAAAAAUAUUUGCAGAGGUAUUUGAACAGUCUCAUUUAGAAGAGCAAUCAUGGCAACGUUAAUUAGAAGCAAGAUCUCCAACAAGCUCUCCAACGCGGCCACCACGGUCACCAAUAAGUCGCAGGCGAAGGUGAGUGGGAUGUUCGCCAAAUUGGGAUUCCAGGCCGCCACCGAUGAAGAGGGUUUGGGCUUCGCCGCCUGCGAUGAUCUGGACUAUGACCACAGGCAGGGGCUUCAAAUGGACAUCCUUAAAAAUGAUGAAAUUGGAGGAGAGGGCGGCGGGGAAAUGGGGGGCGAGGGGACGGUCGAAGGGGACAGUCAUUACCAGAGGGAUGGAACGGGUCCACCGCCCUCAGCGUCCAAAGACGGCGGAUUUUGCUCCGAAUUAGGCGGCCUGGACAAGCCAAAAAUCACUGCUUGGGAGGCAGGAUGGAACGUGACCAAUGCGAUCCAGGGCAUGUUUGUUCUUGGCUUACCCUACGCCAUUCUCCACGGCGGAUAUCUCGGACUGUUCCUCAUUAUAUUCGCCGCGGUCGUGUGCUGCUACACGGGGAAAAUCCUCAUCGCUUGCCUCUACGAAGAGAACGAAGAUGGCCAAUUGGUACGAGUGAGAGACUCGUAUGUGGAUAUUGCCAACGCGUGCUGCGCGCCGCGCUUUCCCGCGCUGGGAGGCCACGUCGUCAACGUAGCCCAAAUCAUUGAGCUCGUGAUGACCUGUAUUUUGUACGUCGUCGUGAGCGGAAACCUGAUGUACAACAGCUUCCCCACCCUUCCCGUGUCCCAGAGGUCCUGGGCCAUCAUCGCCACCGCCGCUCUUCUGCCUUGCGCCUUCCUCAAGAACCUCAAAGCCGUGUCCAAGUUCAGCUUGCUCUGCACCAUCGCGCACUUUAUCAUCAACAUCCUAGUCAUCGCCUACUGUCUGUCUAGGGCACGAGACUGGGCGUGGGACAAGGUCAAGUUUUACAUCGACGUCAAGAAGUUCCCCAUCUCCAUCGGCAUCAUCGUCUUCAGCUACACCUCGCAGAUCUUCCUGCCCUCGCUGGAGGGGAACAUGCAGAAGCCCAGCGAGUUCCACUGCAUGAUGAACUGGACUCACAUCGCUGCCUGCAUCCUCAAAGGCUUGUUCGCCCUGGUGGCCUACCUGACGUGGGCCGACGAGACCAAGGAGGUGAUCACGGACAACCUACCGUCCAGCAUCAGAGCCGUCGUCAACCUCUUCUUGGUGUCCAAGGCGCUGCUCUCGUACCCGCUGCCGUUCUUCGCCGCCGUCGAGGUCCUGGAAAAGACUUUCUUCCAAGACGGAGGGCGCGCGUUUUUCCCGGACUGCUACGGGGGCGACGGGCGGCUCAAGUCGUGGGGUCUUUCGCUCCGCUGCGCCCUAGUCGUGUUCACAAUGCUCAUGGCCAUUUACGUGCCCCACUUCGCGCUCCUCAUGGGUCUGACGGGCAGUUUGACGGGCGCGGGUCUGUGCUUUCUCCUCCCCAGCCUUUUUCAUCUCAAAUUGCUGUGGAGAAAGCUCUUGUGGCAUCAAGUCUUCUUCGAUGUGGCUAUAUUUGUAAUCGGGGGUAUAUGCAGUAUUUCUGGGUUCAUUCAUUCCGUUGAGGGUCUCAUCGAGGCGUACAAAUACAACAUUCCGGAUUAGUUCGGAACAUGGUAAUUUGGUUAUAAGUGUUACAACGCAUCCCACAUAUUGACAACUAAACCAAUAAGACCCCCCCCCCCCCUCCCCAAAAAAUAAAAAUAAAAUAAAAUAAAAAAUUAACCCAGGUUCAUUCAUUCAAGCGUCUGCAAAUAAGACAUUGAAAUACAAUAAAUAAAUCAGUUUGCAAUUCAAAUAUGAGAAAUGCCUUGGACAACAACGCGCGUUACAAAUAGACACCAGAGCAAAACAUUUAUUUUUGUUGUUAUGAACGAGUAAAUGGUUUACAUGAGAAUUUAUUUCAGACUGGAUUUGGCCCGACUCCAAAUCGAGGAAGAAAUCAUUUCACCUAACUAUUAAAAAACGCGUGGAUCUGAGUGCAAGACAUUCAGCAAUGCUGUGAGAGUGGAAGUCUCCUGUCUCCGGUCUUUACGAUCUGCAAUACACGGUUAAGAAGAAAAAAACAAACGAAACAAAAGCAAAUUAAUUACAGGGGACCAACGUCAUGGCAAUAAAAACACACUAGAGUAUGUAGUCACCUUAAUGUGUAAAACAAAUUUAUGGAUUUUCCGAAAUUCGUUCUGAGGACAUAUAGCCUAAGUCUUAUUUAUUAUUACAGUUUGCAUUUACUUAACCAAAAUGGAGGGCGAGAUAGAUAAUAACAAAGGCAGCCUAUAAUGGACGGUGAAUAGAAGUACUUUAACUAUGCAUUUUGAACGUUAUGAUGUCCAUGCAGUAUUAGAGAUAUUCUGGUCAAUCAGAAGAAAAAUAGGGUGUUGUUCACAUGAGAAUUUCGUUUCAAUUGCUCUCUAUUCGUUUACCAGAAAACAGCGUAUUUUUACAUCGAAAAAUGAAGAGUCGUUGAAGACAAAAAAAGAGAAAAACGGCUAGUCGGAAAUUCCAGAAGAAAUUAUUUAUGACCAUGGGAAAUAUAAAACAACCCACCAACUCAAAUCGCUAAAUUUGAAUUCAUUGCGUUGUUUAUCAGAUAUCAAAUGUCGUAAUUUAAAACAAUUAAUAAUGGUCAUGUUCCCCUCAGUGAGAUUUAUUUAUAGCGUCGUUGGAUCGAAAUCAAGUCGAAAUAAAGGGACUUGCAUAAGACUUUUUUUUUUCUUCAUUUUGUGCAAUCCAAUGGGUGCUGUGGAAAUGUUAUAAAACCGUAUGUGUUGUGUUUUUGUGGUUUAAAAGAUGGAAUGUAUAUCACAAAAUCGUUAUCAUAUAUCGUGAAAAUGAAUAUAUUGAAGAAUAAAGAAACGCGUGAAAUUAUAUUGUACAAUUGUUUUUUGGUUGUGUGUGAUAUGGAAAAAUGAAACGUGAAUAUUUUCCCUUCAAAACAGAAUAAAUCUACAAAACAAUAAAUAAGUUGAGUCCAGCUCUCAGAAAUUUAUUCCAAACGCGCAUGUAAAGACAUAAUAUUUACAUGAUGGUUUUAAAUAUUUUAUUAAAUAAUAUAUACACAUGUUGUUGUUGUUGAAUGGGCAAAUGCAUUUUCAAGAAUUAUAUAUUUUAGACUAGAUAUGAUUUUUAUUUUGGCAAAUUCAGUUAUAUGUGAUUUCGAAAUGUUUGCGCAAAUAUAUUAAUUAUCAGAAUUACGGUUGGAAAAAGGCAGCUUUAACUCAGUAUUACAACAUGAAAAUAAUUAUUAGCCACCAGCUAAUAAAUUAAUUAGCCUACAUAUUGUCCUUGGGAUUUAUUCGAAUUAUUUUAGUCUUCAAAUAGGCAGUGUUCGUUUUUAAAAAAAUAUAGCCUGUAAGUAACUUGUUAUUCACAUUUCAGACGGCGCAACAGACAAUGAAAGAAUGAAGUGAACUCAUACAGAAAAUGCACGACAGAUUUUUGCUUGCGGCUCUGAUUCCUCAGGUAAACCUUGUGAGCACACAGACAUCUGGAUGGGCUGUUUCUCAGUUACUGAAGCUAAAAAAGAAAUUUUAAAAACAAUUACAAAGACGUGUGCAUUCAUGUGGUUUGCGUGUGCGCGCGUCUGAACAGAGACUGGAAAAAAAAAAAAAAUUAAAACGGGUUGACAGUGAAAGUCGAUAGAAAAAAUACAUAAUGAAGACAUUCCAGAUGGGCAAAAAGAUUGUACACAAAAUACUGAGGUUUUAAAUUUUAUAUCCACAAAAUAAUUCUGCAUGACACUAUUGCACCGCUAUUUUGUAAGGAGAAAUUAUAAACCAUAAUAUUUCUAUAUUAACGCAAUUAACGCUUGUAGAAAACUGACAAACAUUGGUCGUGUUGGAUUGUGGGAAUUAGAGUUCAACCAGAGGAGCCAUUUUCUCAUUACUGGAACAGCGAAGUCUGAGAGACUGUGACCAAGGCGCCACCUGGCGGCAACAUGAAAUAAGUCUGUACAGCCGAAAAGACAGGUCUUGUGCUUUCAAAACACGAAUCAUGAUUUUACAGGCUUUGCGAAGCACAUCACAAAAACAGCCGUUACCGAUAGAAGAAAUGGCCAGACAAAUAAAUACAAAGCUAGGCAUGCCGUUUGAAACGUCUAAACAUUGUUGACUUGAAAUCAAGUUUAGCACCUAAACUGACAAGAGCGUUAAACUGUUUAACCGUGUUAACAGUAGAUAACAUAAUUUACCACAGAGUAGAAGAAUAUUUUGUCUUAGACUAUUUGGAAUUGACAGAACAAACUGAAAUUGUGUCAUAACUCACCCUCAUUUUCGUGCCAAACCCGCAUGGCAUUCUCAAGAUUAGCAGAAAGUCCUGAAUGCCGUUUUCCAUACCGUCGAAGUACAGUGUUUAGGCCAGGGUUCUCCAAACUCGGUCCUGUAGGGCCAGUCCUGCAGAGUUUAGCUCCAACCCCCAAUUGAACACCUGAACCAGCUAAUUAGGCAUACUAGAAACGUCCAGGCAUGUGUGUUGAAGUAGGAGCUAAACUGCAGGACAGUGGCCCUCCAGGACCGAGUGUGGAGAUCAGUAGCAAAAAUUCGAGUAGUUAUUCACUUAAAAAAUAAAGCGCGCCCAAAUUUCGCGCCAGCGUGUUCAAAUUUACAAACUUCAACCGUCAUUUCGAGGCGCGAAGUUUGAAUAUACGAAGGCGCCAAUGAGAUUGGAACAAUAAACACAACAGCAAACCCACCUUAGCAAAGCACGUGCUUCUUUCUCAUUCCUUCUGUUCUCCCUUAGAAAGAGUUUGAUUAAACCAGAUAUUUAUUACACCAUGUCAGCAGCAUUGGCCAUCUUCAUGACGAAAUCAGAAUAAACAAGUCAUACAAUAAAAAAAAAAAAAAAAAAAAA